AUGAAUAUGGACUUUGAAGAUACCAGUUUUUUAGACUUUAUGCUUGAGGUUAUGUCCAAAGGUGUAGACAAUGUUAUGCGGUGGCUCCCUGGAGCCGAAGUGGUUGACAUCGAUGGUCGGCCGUUAGAGCCACGCGAGUAUCAACCUACUUUAUGGAAUUUCUUAUAUUCAAACCACUUAUAUCUGGCAAUUUUUGUUAAUGUUUUAAAUAAUAGGAUAAAUGCCAUUGUAUCACCUCGUAACCCACGCCCAUUAUCGAAAAAGGCUCGAUUUUUAAUUCGUUUGCCUUGCUUUUAUUUAAUUGCAAGAGCAGCAUGCGUACUUUUGUCGCGACUUGCUAUAGGGACUCCUUCUAUACGAUCAUACUUUUCACAAUGGCUUGUUGAUUAUGGCAUUGAUUAUACCGAUCAUCAAGCAUUAUGGUUGACUUUGAAGGCGUUGUCAGCUGUAUAUGUAAUGAAAGCGUUUCAUUCAAGUCUUGAAAAUAGAAGUUUGCCAGGAAGAGAACAAAGCACAACUCUUUACGAAUACGCUUUGUUAUUUCAUUACUUUUGUAAUGUUACCCCAAACACAUCAAACACUCAUCUACUUUUCAUAGCUUUUCUAGAAGUGCUGGACAUUUUCUUCCUUGAAGUUCUAUAUCUUCAUCCACGUGGUAUUCAAUAUCGACUCAUUCCGACCACUUUUGUCGGAGUAGCUGGAAUCAUUCACUACGCAUAUGCACUGUUUUAUAGAUCAGAAACAUAUCCAAUUCUACAAAGUUUUGCUAGAUUUCCUGAAUUAGCUUUAAUUGUCGUUAUUUUGAUAUGUGUUAUUCUUCAUAUAAUUGCUUACAUAGUAACUGGUGGAAAUGUACGGCGAACAUUUUUUUUGGAUGCCAGAUCGAUGCCAUCUCUUCAUGAAGAUUAUACAAUGGCUUUAUACAGAAUUGGUACUAUAGUGAUUGAAACAAAUCGCGUUGAUGGAUUUCGAAAUGAGUUUCCACCAAUUGCUGUACCUUUAGGAACAAUAUUUGAACGUUCAAAAAAGAGAAAGUCAAGAACCGCUAUCGAAAACUCCAACAAACGUGGAUAUGAUAAUGAGCAGCAGGAUACUAAUGAUUUGACUUCUACGGAUUCUGUAGAAGAGCCACGUCGUGUCAUUGUCUGGUCAAGUUUUGUCUUGGAAAUUGUUCAAGUCUUUUUAAAUUUAACUAUGAUAUUUGUUAACUGGAUUUGGUCGUUUUAUGGUGGAAGACAACUUGUACCAAAUAAUAAUCAUCAAUCUAUUACUAAUGAGGCUGGAGAAUUGGAAGAAAUUGAUUGGGAUGAAGAAAUAUAUCAUAAAUUUCUUUAUGAGGAUUUAGAAGACAAGGAAGACGACGAGGAUGAUGAUUAUGUUUAUAAUAGCUCAGAAAGUGUUGAACAUGACGAGUCCGACUUAGACUCGGGUCAUGAAGAAAUUGAAGAUUCUAUAAUUCCUGGUGAUGAAUUAAUUUUAUUAGGAAAUGACCUUAGUGAUGAUCAACAACCUUCAUCAACAACAAAUUCCAUUAUGCAAUCAAUGCUUGCACAUUUGUUGCAUUCUACAACUUUAACAAGGACACAGUAUCGAAAGAUUACACAGACAUCAAUGUCUUCAACCUCACAAGAUGAAUCUGAUGCGUUAAUGACAUUAAUUCAUGAAAGACGUAUACCACGAUUUACUACACAACCAAUUACGGAUCGUGUUUGUGUUGUCUGCCAUGGAGAAGCUCGCCAGUGUCUUUUAAAACCGUGUGGAUGUUUCGCACUUUGUAAUGAGUGUCGCGAAAUGAUGGCUCAACGCAAAUUCAAAUCUUGUCCUUGCUGCCGCCGAACAGUAGAAGGAUAUUCUCGAGUCUAUAUUCCAUGA